AUGGAUAAGGCUUUAAUACAAGCCAUGGCAUGCAUUAGUAUCUUUUUUGGAGUCAUUUUACCAGCUUUUCUUAUGACUGCAUUCUGCCUGAGAAGAAAUACAUCCUUCACCAGAGCCACCCAUGACAUAGAGUUGGAGUGGGCACCAGAGGAUCCCUCAAAUGAAAAUGUGCAUUCUGAGGGCUUGGAAAGACAUGUAUUAGAGGUUUUACCAGUAUUUGAGUAUAAAUCACAGGAGGGGCAUCAGUGUGCAGUCUGUCUGUCUGAUUAUGGGGAUUCUGAAAUAGUGAAACUGUUGCCGAACUGUAAUCACUACUUUCAUAAAGAAUGUAUAGAUAUAUGGUUUCGUUCAUACACUUCUUGCCCUGUUUGUAGAACCAGAGUGCAGCCUAAUACAUUAUCAUGUUUGUUGGACAUGGAAAAAGAUCAUGGAAGAGAUGGUUCAUUGCAGGAACAACACAUUUCUUCAGACAUUUGUUCUGAUGCAGUGGAAGAUCAGGUUGUAGUGAGUAAAGUGGAUCAAGGAACAUCAGAUGCAAGGCCAUUGUCACAAAUUGCUACCCCUCUUGCAAACGAUUAA